AUACAUAUACAUAGAGUGAUCGGCAUAUAAAACUUUGUAAUGCAAUAUUUAAUGCAAUUUAGUGCAUUUAAAUGUAAUAUUCGAUCUAGCGCAGUAUUCGCGUUUUCAAUUUGAAAUUUAAGCGGUGAAAUCAGAUGUGGUAUGAUUCAUCGGCCUUGAAGGAAAUAGUGGUGGGGCGUGGGGCAACUAUAGUGUUAUCAAGUGUUAUAUUAUAGCAUAUAGUCUCUAUAAUACACUUGUUACAAAUUACAAACCGUAAACGCGUACGCGAUACGAAUGCAAUUAAUCUGUCAAAUUCUUUGUGUAAAUACAAGUAACCUUUAAUAUUGUUUGUCGUGAUAAUGCUAUAGUACGUUACGAUUUGUAUCUAUCUAUAUAUAUAUAUAUAUAUAUAGAUAGAUAUAUAAGUGCAGGAAUAAUAUAUAUACGCUUUUAACGAUGCUGCUGUUUACAAGGAUGCACUAUAACAUUACGGUUAAAAAAGGAAUAUAUUAAAAUACUAUUUUGUUGUACGUCUAACAUGUUUGCAAAAAGCAAUGUCGAUCCCGAACUGGAAAGGUUACGGAAAGAGGUCGAUGUUCCGCCAAAUUUGGAUACGGUGGCGCUAAAUAUACAAAGAGCUACAGCACGAAUUCAUGCGUCGUAUUUAUUUGAACACAUCGGACGACCCACUCUACAUAAAUUAUGUUUGUUAUUGAGUUCUACUGCCACAGGAAAAAUGUAUAACGGAUGGCAGGAAUUUGCAGCUCAUAUGGGCUUGACAAUGGAACAAAUACGUUGUAUAGAUUAUGAUUUCAAGAACUUACAGGAUCCAACUUAUUAUGUAUUAUUAGCUUACGUGCAACACGUCGAUGCAACUAUAGACAAAAUUUUAAACGCCUUGCAAAAGAUGCACCGUUUCGAUGUGAUUAAUCAAAUAAAGGAUAACAUUACCGAUUUAAUUGAUGCGAUUCCAUCAAACUCUUCGGCUGAUGAAUCUGCUAUACUUCGAUCAAAGAGUAUACCAAGAGCACCGUUAGUUUUAACUCCGAUAGAAAUUGUACAGAAAAUGCAAAACGUAGGAGACAACUCUGGAUACAUUUUGCAAGGUAAUUUACAAAAGACAAAACAGGCAUAUGGAUGCAUAGUUAUGCUAACAUUUGCCGAUGAUGGUUUAACAACGGCGCAACGUAUAGCAAAAAUAUUUAGAUCUAAACAGCCUAAAAUCGGAGUAGUCAUACUUCAAGAACAAGAACACUAUGUAUACAGCAGAGCAGAAGAGUUUAUAGACGAUUGUUUUAGACAAGUGAACUUCAUCGUACCAAUAUUAACGCAAGAAUAUUUGGAAAGAAUACAUAAUCCUCACCAAACGUAUAGCGAAGAUCAAAAUAAACUGGACGCCAAGUAUAUAAAAUAUAUAUAUUCUUUGUUAAGAUAUGAAUAUGUGAGAAGUCAAUGUAUAAAUUGUCGUGUAAGGUGUAUAGUUUCCGAUAAAGAAGUAUAUGCAGUUGCAAAAUCAAAUUUACACCCAACAUUGCAAGCAUGGUUCAGGGAAAGCGAUAUCGACGCAUUCGUCGAAAACAUUCUGUUACGAAAGUCCUCGCGGUGAAAAUUUAUAACGAGCACAUAAAUAAAAAAUUGUAACAGUUUCUAUAUAAAGAACAAUAAAGUCUCUUAUAUGCGUUUGUGUAUAUAUUCCUCUAACUCGUGUACUUACCGAUUUAUAAAAUAUUCUCCGUAAGAAUCUGCAUUGUUUAUCUCAUCCGAUGUAUGUUCAGAAAUAUAAUAAUAUAAUUUUAAUGUUUCCGUGGA